AUGUCUCGAAAAGACAGUAGCUUGAGGGGUAGCAACCAUAGCACCACCAGGCGAAGCUUUGACUUGCUAAGUCCUCGCAACAACCGAAUCGGCAGUAAAAACAAGCUUAGCCGCAAAUGGCGUAGCGAGCACAUACGAAGAAAGAGUCGAGAAGAGGAUUUUGAUGAUGACAGCGUCAGCUCCUCCUCAUGUUCGUUUGGUUGCGAUGACUACUACUGUCAACUAUCAUCCAAGAAUGUGAACUUGACGGCGACGACGACAACGACGAAGCCAAGCAGUAUGAUUACCUUGCCUCCCAGCCCACCAGAAGGCACAGCCAUGUUCAGCAACGAGUCUUUCAAGAUGAUAUACUUGAGUUGGGAUGUCAUUACUAACAUGGCUCAAGGGAAGCAACAAAUUGGGGAAAAGCUAUUCGAGUUGCUCUCAGAUGAAGAAGUCCCAAUAGCUCGCUGGUUUGUCGGAGACAAGACGGCACAUCGGACAUCCUUUGUCGACAUGAUCGAUAUGCUUGUCAGCAUGCUAUCACCGACAGAUCUGGAUUUGGUAUCCGACGAAUUGAAGUCGUUGGGCAAGAGGCACGCACAAUACAACGAGGAACUCCUCCAAGUCUUUCUUCCUAGUUUGUUCCAACAUUUGACGGAUGCCUUUUGCAAGGCCCUCAAGCAUUGCGUCCACGGACAUUUGUUUGGACCACAACCACAACAGCAAGAAGUAGACAAUAAUGAGAAGGAGGAGGAGGAGGCAUCAUCACCGCCAUCAAAUUCAAGAAAAAUGUUGGCACGCAAUUCCAGCCAACACGACCUCUUCAACGACGACUCGACGGAUGAGUUGGAGGGCAAACGACCUAGCAACUGGAAAAUGGUGGAACAUGCUUGGCAAGAUCUCUUUUGGUACAUUCGCUGUCAAAUGGAGGAGGGUGCCAUGGGGGAAUACCAGCAUCAGCAGCAACAAUUUCAAGAAGACUCUACUAGCAACAAGGAGUACAGUGUGGUAUUGAAAAGUGAAGAUGACGCUGCUGAAGAGAGUUCCUCAAAAUGUCCCAAGCCCUGGUCAUUCAGCUCCAGGUCGACGAGAAGGACAUCAAUGUCAAGUUUCAAUAGCGCUACAUCCAAUAUUUCCAACGACAGCGCAGCUACACCAAGUAGUGGAAGCGAUGCGUCUGGUAGUCAAAAGAACAAGAAGAAAAAGACCAAGGCUAUCCGCGGUCUCCCGAAGAAGCUACGAUUGCUUCGACUGAAUAGUAUGUCUACCGACUUGGGGUUCUCCUCGAAUCACCCCUCCUCCUCUAAAACGAAGCCAAAGGACCGCGGAAUGAAAAUGAAACGCCGGGCUUCCAUGUCAUCGAUCCCAACAUUUUAG